GCAAUAUUGAAUUAAUGGCCGACGUACUUCUUUGAAAAAUUGGAGGAAUUAGGGAAUAGAUCAAGAAGCCCUUCUCUCUCACAAAUUCACAAUCUCACCAUCAUCGACUAUUCCUCGACCGGAUCGACUAUCAAUCGCUGCCAUAGAGACAAGCAGUGCUGGUUCCCCAGCAACAGAAACUCUCUAAAUGACCAAAAUACCCCUGGCUUAUUGUCCCUGUCUUACGCCCUCGCCGGCCCCUACCUCCUCCCCACAGCCCAUUGGCCCACCCACCCCCCCAGUCCCUCCCUCGUGUCAAACACUUAAUUUUCACCACCAAUAGCCAUCUCCAACUUAGUGCCCUCCCCCACUCUCUCUCUCUCUCUCUCUCCCUCCCUCCCUCCCCUCAUCUCUUUCUCUCUCUAAACACGCACACACGGAAUUGCAACACAGUUCCUCAGCUCCCUCUCUCUAUUUUUUUUAACACCAAUCUCUCUCUCUCUCUGUUUUCUCCAAAGCCCAAAAUCCCAAACCUUCAAAUUUACCAAAAGCAACCAAAGUUUCCCAAAACUUGACGUUUUUGCCCAGAUGGGUUCUGCUCCUACUCCUGCUAGAACUGCUUCUACUUCUGCUAUGUUAUUGAUAACUCUGCUAAACGUCGCUGUUUUCCGACCCACCACAUCAGAUCCGAGCGACGAGGCGUGCCUAACCCAUCUGAGCGAAUCCCUCCAAGACCCAACAAAAUCCCUCCAGAAUUGGACCAAAUCCACCUUCGCCAACCCCUGCAGCGGCUUCACCUCCUACCUCCAGGGCGCCACCUGCAACAAUGGCCGCAUCUACAAGCUCUCUCUCACCAACCUCUCACUCCGCGGCUCCAUCUCCCCCUUCCUCGCCAACUGCACCAACCUCCAGGCCCUCGACCUCUCCUCCAACUUCCUCGCCGGCCCCAUCCCCUCCGACCUCCAGUACCUCGUCAACCUCGCCGUCCUCAACCUCUCCUCCAACCAAUUAUCCGGUCCGAUUCCGCCGCAGCUCACAUUGUGCGCCUACCUCAACGUCAUCGACCUCCACGACAACUCCCUCACCGGCCCCAUUCCCCAGCAAUUGGGCCUUCUCGUCCGCCUCUCCGCCUUCGACGUCUCCAACAACAAGCUCGCGGGUCCGAUUCCGGUCUCGCUGGGCAAUCGGAGCGGGAACCUGCCGAGAUUCAAUGCGACAUCGUUUGAGGGAAACAAGGAGCUUUAUGGGUACCCUUUGCCGCCGCUGAAAAGCAAGGGGCUUUCGAUUCUGGCGAUCGUCGGCAUCGGAUUGGGAAGUGGGUUCGCGAGCUUGGUGCUUAGCUUUACCGGCGUCUGCAUUUGGUUGAAAAUUACAGAGCGGAAGAUGGCGCUGGAAGAAGGGAAGAUCAGCCACCUCAUGCCUGAUUACUGAGAUGGGAGGAGGAAGAAAGAGAGGCUAAUUUGGUAAUUUUAAUCAUCCCCAAUUGAAAAGCUUGAGCCAAAAAUUUCAGGUUCUAAAAGACGUUGGGCGCUAGUCGGACGGCGGGUUGGGACCUAGCACCUAAACGGUUAGGCGGGCACCUAAGCGGAUGAGGUAGAUUUAACUAAAUAUAUUAUAUUUCGUGUAAAUAAAUAUCUGUUUAUACUUAAAAUAUAUAUAAUUUUAUUAUAAACUACAAAAUAAAAUGACAUAUAUAUUAUGUAGUAUUGGAACAUAAUGAAAACAUGGGGAACAAACAUAUAUGUGUGUUAUUUUAAUUAUUCAACAAGUCUCUGACAAUUUACUGAAAAAAUUAAAAUGCAAAAUGAAAGUUAUUUAUUUUUUGUCUAAGUGAGAUGCCCGCCUAGGUGGUCUAAGCGUCAUUUCUUAAUUUUCAAAUGCCUAAGUAUUAAUUGGGAUGAUGGCCAACCGCUUAGACGGGGUAGCAUGUUUGUAUUAUGUAGUAGGCUCCAACCUUAUUUGCCCCACCCAAAUAAUUCGAGAUUCCUUUUACUUUGUAAAUUACAAUUAGACAUGUCAGUAAAAUAUGUUAAGAAUGUGAUUUGCUGACAAGGAGGAAUUGUUGGUGUCAAUUUUUUUGGUUUUUGUUUUUGUUUUUUGUGAGCGAGGGUCUCAGGCUCGUUGCUGGGACUUUUGUUAAACUAUGUAAUUAGAAAUUUUAAGACAAAGGAGAUGUAAAAUUAAAGUAUUUUCUAGUU